AUGGGCGGCUUCAGGGAUAGGCUUGAAGGCCAGAAGAUCGUGGUAGUCGGAGGAAGCACAGGGAUCGGCUUCGGAGCAGCAGCAGCACUUCUUGAUGUUGGCGCCAAAGUAACCAUCAUUUCAUCCUCUCCAGCAAAGUUAGAUGCCGCACUGCAAAGACUGGCGUCUCCGGAUGCCAAGGGAGUUGUGGCCGAUGUCCGUGACGAGGCAGCCUUUACUGGUACGCUUCGAUCACUGGCACCUGUUGACCACGUUGUCUUCUCGGCUGUCGACAACAUCAUUCGAGGCAAAUUGGAGGAUCAGAACCUCGACGAUGCAAAGCAACUCUUUGGAGUGAAGUUCUGGGGCGCAGUAAUUGCAGGAAAAGCCCUUCUCAAGUACGAUAUUGUGCGAAAGGGAGGCUCCUUGACCCUUACAUCCGGGACAGCUGGCAUCAAGCCUGGAAAAAGCGCCGCCAUUGGCGGGGCGUUGAACGGCGGGGUUCUCUCUCUCACUAAAGGCCUCGCAGCAGACCUUGCAGAGAAGAAGAUCCGUGUGAAUACAGUGGUGCCAGGCUUGGUGAAAACGCCCCUCUGGGACAAACAAGGCAAAACGCCGGAAGAGCAGGAGGAAAUCUUCAACAAAGCUAGUCAAAACCUCCCGGUAGGAUUUGUUGCCACUCCUGAACAUAUCGCCGAGGCCUACCUCUACGCCAUUCGAGCAGAUUAUUCCACUGGAAAAUUGAUAGAGAUCGGUGAGUAG